UGAACGAAGAUUACUUCAUAUUUCAUCGUUUUAGCAACAGGUCCUGUCUCUCUUUCGGAGCAAAACGACAUAAUCAAGCCGAAUUGGUUGGAAGCGAAUCAAGCAAGCGUCGAGAAAGUGGUUUUCAUUGACACAUUUCAAAGUUCAAGUGUACACAGAAGCAUCAAUAUUGCGAUAUGUCGGUUGAUAAUUUAACAGCGGUUUUGUACGGAGUGGAGGAUCUUCGCUUGGAACAACGUCCAAUCCCUAGCAUAAAAGAUGAUCAAGUGCUGAUUUGCAUGGAUUCGAUUGGAAUUUGUGGUUCAGACGUGCAUUAUUUGGUGAAUGGUCGAAUUGGUCCGUUCAUUGUAAAAGAUCCAAUGAUCAUUGGCCACGAAUCAUCUGGUGUUGUACACAAAGUGGGUAAAUCGGUGAAAAAUUUGAAAGUUGGUGAUCGUGUUGCCAUUGAACCGGGUGUUCCAUGUCGUUAUUGUGAUGAUUGCAAACAAGGCCGUUACAAUUUAUGUGCCGAUGUUGUUUUCUGUGCAACACCACCAGAUCAUGGUAAUUUGACUCGGUUCUAUGCGCACGCGGCGGAUUUUUGUUUUAAAUUACCAGAUCAUGUGACGAUGGAAGAGGGUGCUUUGAUGGAACCAUUGUCCGUUGGCAUUCACACUUGUCGUCGUGGUGGAGUCGGUUUUGGAAAAAAUGUACUGAUUCUCGGUGCUGGUCCAAUUGGACUGUGUUCAUUGAUUGCAGCCAAAUAUUUGGGCGCUGAAAAUAUCAUCAUCACCGAUAUUGUUCAAGAUCGAUUGGAUUUGGCCAAAGAACUAGGCGCCAAACACACAUUGCUCGUAAAACCUGACGACGACGAAGAUGAUCUAGUGAAACAAGUACAUCAGAAACUUGGUUGUGCACCUGAGAUUUCAAUGGAGUGCAAUGGACGACAAGCAUCAACUCGUCUUGGCAUUAAAGCUACCAGAUCUGGUGGACGUGUUGUUAUUGUUGGUAAUGGACCACCAGAUGUUACAGUUCCCCUAAUUGCCGGAUCAACACGCGAAGUAGAUAUUUUAGGUGUGUUCAGAUAUUGUAACGAAUAUCCACUGGCAUUGGAAAUGGUCUCAAGCGGUACAAUUGACGUUAAAAAAUUGAUUACACAUCAUUUUGAUAUAACUCAAACCAAUGAAGCUUUUGACACGGCACGAUACGGUCGCGGUGGUGCCAUUAAAGUUAUCAUCCAUGCCACACCACGCAAUCAAAAUAAUCCAAAACCAUUUUAAUUCAAAUUUUUUAUUUUUUUUGACAUAUACUGUUUUUCAUGUGGAAUAACUGCCAUUGGAUGGAAAAAAAUGAAAAAUAAUAAUAAAAAAAAAUUGUCACAAUCAAA